AUGCCGAAAGGAAAGUGGAUCGACAAGAAGAAAGCGACGCAUUUCACGCUCGUCUACCGCCCCCAAAAUGACCCGCUCAUCCACGACGAGUCGGCACCCGACAUGGUGCUCAAUCCAACCCAACGCGCCAACAAGUCAUCGCACGGCCAGGGGCUGACCGACCUGGCAUCCGAACUUGGCUCCGACGCUCAGAGCAUCCGUGACAACGAGGGCGAGGCGGCCAACUAUGGCGUUUACUUCGACGAUACCGAGUACGAUUACAUGCAGCAUCUUCGGGACCUGGGCCAGGGUACCGGGGAGGCCGUCUUCGUUGAAGCGAGUUCGACCGGCAACAAGGGGAAGGGGAAGGCCAAGGGCCCGUCGCUUGAGGAUGCGCUGCGCCAAUUAGACCUCAAGAAUCAGAGCGAGGAUCUGAUCGAUGAGGAGAUGUUGCCUAGCAAAAACCUGCAGCGUCUGACAUACCAGGCUCAGCAAGAUGUGCCAGAUGCGAUCGCUGGAUUCCAGCCCGACAUGGACCCACGGUUGCGGGAAGUGUUAGAGGCGCUCGAGGAUGAUGCAUACGUGGACGAAAACGGCGACGAGGAUAUAUUCCAGGAGCUGGCCAAGGAUGGAGACGAGCUGAACAAGUACGAAUUUGAGGAGUCGUAUGACGACUUUGAGAAUGACGAGGGGUGGGAGUCAGACCACACGGUCAAGGCCGGCGGAGAACAGAAGGAAGAGGAGCAUCCACAACAACAGCAGCAGCCCACAGAGGACGAUGAAGCACCAACGCUCGCCGAUACAAGCAAGCAAAAUGGUGCUCAGGGCGAAUCGGAAGAUUGGAUGGAGGAGUUCAAGAAGUUUAAGAGCGACCAAAAAGCCGAGAAAAAGCCCCGGGCUGCCGCAGCACCAUCCGAGAUGCAAUCAUCAAUAUGGACCACCACCACCAACGGUGGGCGGAGAAAGACACGAAAGGGCGCCAUGACGAACCCGUCGGCGUACUCGAUGACGUCGUCGUCGCUGGUGAGGACAGAGCAGCUGGGCAUUUUGGAUGCACGGUUUGAGAAGCUAGACGAGGAGUACAAUGCAGACAUGGACGACCUAGGGUCGGUGUCGGCCGUGUCAACCAUGUCGACGGUGCAGGGAACUACGCGGCAGGACUUUGACGGGAUGUUGGAUGAAUUCCUCGGGGACUAUUCCAUGUUUGGGAAGAAGCGGGUGAAGAAGGGCAAAUGGAAGAACGGGAUCGAGCAAUUCGACGAACUCCGACGGGAGCUGGGGCCGCCUAUUAUCCCAACCAAAUACAAAUCAGGGGCAGCUAAAUAG